AUGUCACCCCUUCACAGGUCUCGGUAUGAGGGCCCAGUCACUGUUGCAAAGGGCUACCGAUCUCCGGCACCUCAUGCUCGCGAACCAUUAACAGCGAUUGAAUUGGCCAUUUGGCUGUUGAGACACUUGGACGCCCUUGACGGUAUGGAUUUGUCUACCCUUGGCGCCUAUACGGGACCAGAUGAGGACGAUUCUUCUUCCGCAAGGACCAGUCUAGGCACAAAUGCUCUAUCUCCAGCGCCUACAUGGCCCCAAGUCGGCUCAGCACAACAUCCUUCUGAAGCCUCCUAUUCAAGGCCUUGGACACCCGGUGUAUACACCAAAACUUAUACCCAUGUCUCAGUUCCUGAACCAGUCCCUGGUCCAUUGAUGGCAGCUGCUGGUAUACCAGCUACAGCAAUUUCUGGAAACAUCAACACUUGGCCAGCCCAAGGACCUUUAGGGCAAGCAACAAGUUCUGUCCUGAUUCCAGCACCAGCCAUACCUGGAUAUACCAACAGUUACACUCUAGUCUCAGGACCUGAACCAGUCCCUGGCCCAUUUGUUGCAGCUUCUGGUAUUCCAGCACCAGCACUGCCCGGAAACAUCAAUACUUGGCCUGCUGAAGGGCCUUGGGGUGGGGUUACUGCCACAGUAAAACGAUCCACAAGUAUUCCAGCACCAGCUCCUCCUGGAUAUGCCAAUGCUUACACCUAUACUCUUGUCUCAGGACCAGAACCUGUCCCUCGCCCUCUCGAGGCAGCUCUACCAGCACCUGGGUUUACCAAAACCUAUACCUAUGUGUCAGUUCCUGCACCAGCCCCACGUCCAUUGGCGGCAAUUCCCAGACCAGGUUUACACGGAAACGCCUAUAAUGGACCUUCCGAACUUUUCUAUUUGAGGCCGCUUGAAUACGUUGAUCAACCCAUUCCUACACCAUCUGGACCUGAACCUGUCCCAAAUCUUAUGGACGCUGGCAUUCGAGCACCCGGCAUUUCUCGAAACAUUAAUACAUGGCCAGCACAAGGGACUUUGGGUGGGGUUACGGCACAAGCAACACGAGCCACGCCUACUCCAGCACCAGCUACUUAUGGGUACACCAACACUUAUACUCUAGUCUCAGGACCUGAGCCAAUCCCUGGCCCAUUGGUGACAGCUGCUGGUAUCUCAGCACCAGAAAUUUCUGGAAAUCUUAACACUUGGCCAGCACAAGAUACUCUGGGCGGGGUCACAGCACAAGCAACACGAACCACACCAUUUCCUGCUCCAGCUCCCCCUGGAUAUACCAACACUUACACCGGCAGCCUUGUUCCAGGACCUGUUCCAGUCCCUGGCCCAUUGGUUGCAGCCACUGCUGGUAUUGCAGCACCGGGUUCUUUGGGAAACACGAAUGCGUGGGCAGCAGAAGGUGUUGGGGUUACGGCCAAAGCAACACGGGCAACUCCCAUUCCAGCACCAGGUUAUUCUGGAAAUUUCAAUGCUUGGCCAAUGGAAGGGGUUACUGCCAAAGCAACCAGAGGGACUCCAGUGCCAGCGGCUUAUGGAUAUACCAAUACCUACACCUCCAAUUUGGAAGGGUACAGCAAUGCAUAUGCACUCAACUCGGGGCAUGGAUCAGUGCCCGGCCCUUUGGUGGCAGGUAUCCCAGGAUCAAGUAUUUCUGGAAACAUCAACACUUGGCCAGCACAAGAUACAUUGGGUGGGGUCACUGCCAAAGCGUCGAGGAUCACAGCCAUUCCAUCGCCCGCUCCUCCUGGAUUUUCGAAUUCUUACACCUAUACGGUUGUCUCAGUACCUGAACCAGUGCCGGGUCCUAUGGUUGCAGCUAUUCCAGCACCAGGAAGUAUGAAUGCUUGGCAGGGCCAGUAUUCGAAUGGAAUGACUGUUUCCACUUCUCGCACCAAUGGUGGAGAGGAACCUGAUACUUUGGUGGGACAAUCUGCAACAAUUCCAGUUGACCCUGAGCCGCUUGAAACUACAUCAUCAACUACCACUGUCGAGACUCCUCGUCCACCCAGAGCACGUGCUUCCUCCGUAUGGAGCCAUCAUCAACGCACUCCAUCAUCAUCAUCAGUGUUCGCACCGGGGCGAGCUUCUGAGAGUACGGUACCUAAAAGAGCUACUUCCACUCGCGGCCAAACAGAUCAUCGUGACGAUGGCAAAGUUUGA